AGGGAACGAUAUAUAAAAGGCAACAGAAGCUAAAGCUAGUAUAGAGCCGAACAACGAAAAUGCGAAAGUCUGAUUGAGACUGAAGACACUUUCCUAUGUUUUCUCAAGUUCUAAAAAUGUCUAGCGCCAUUGAUUUCACUCCCAGGAAUCUUCCAGGGUUUGGUUCCCCAGAAGGUAGUUGUCUUCCCUGCUCAGGACUAUCAGGGAGAGCAGUCACCUCUCGUGGUGAAUAUAAGCACUUUUCGAAGGUCAAGAUUUUAAAUUUGAAAUCUCCUUACAAGAGUAAAUCUUUUUUAUGUAAUGCUAGCUUCAGCAAUCAUAAAAGAAAUCCAGAUUUUUCGAGGCAAAACAAGUUUUCCAGGGGCAGGAACAGGCAAAAUGAAGAGAGAGACAGUUAUGAUAAUUUAGAAGAAUCUGAAAUGCUAUCUUCACGAAAUGGACCACUGCUUACUGCAUCAAACACUUCAAAAUUCCAAGCUACAGCCACUCCAGGUCCAAGGGAAAGGGAGAUUGUUGAACUAUUCAGAAAGGUCCAGGCUCAGCUCCGGGAAAGAGCUGCAAUCAAAGAGGAGAAAAAAUCUGAAGAGUUGCAAGGAAAGGGUAAAGAGAGUGAAACUGUUGAUUCCCUUCUCAAGCUUUUAAGAAAACACUCAGUUCAGAAAGGGAAGAAAACCAACAGCAGUAGAAGCAGCAACUUUGUCCUUGACCAGUCAGAUCAGAGCAAUGUAUUCUCUGAAGAGAGAGCUGGCAAUAACACUGAACUAAAUAGCAAUGUGAACCAUGUGGCACAAGAUAGUGGGACCCCAGUUGUUAACCGGCCGAAGUCAAAUUUCCAACGUAGAUCUCCAGUUUCCCGAACCAAAUUUCAGCCUGUUUAUCACGAGGGAGGUACGGAUAACCUUGUUGCCUGUACUGCUACAGAUACGACAGAAAAGGACAUACAUCUGGACCCUGAACUUAGCCGAAUUCCCAAAAAUAAGGUUGAUUCUAGUGCUCAUUCUGACAUUGAGCCGAUUUUCUCAGAUGAAGAUGUGUUUGAUGAGAUGGCUGACGAUGAUGCUGCCAAAAUGUUUGAAAAUGUUGAUGCUAAUGAUGAAGAACAACAUCAGGUUGGUGAGGAAUUAGCUGAAAUGAAGCUGACUGAACUGCGAGCUAUUGCUAAGUCUCGUGGUUUGAAGGGAUACUCAAAACUGAAAAAAGUAGAGCUCAUUGAGUUGCUAAGUGCUGAUCAAGUCUGAUCUUUUUGUUUCACAAGUGAUGAUAGAUUGUAGAAUGUUCUUGCACAUUAGUCUUUUAAUUUCUACAUCCUGUUUGUCUUACACUGUACUUUUUCUCUUGAUGAUGGUUUCUAGUCAGAUUGGACAAUUUUGUAUACUUCAUAUAUGUAACAGUUUCUGCGUUCAAUACAUGUUUGACUAGUUUCUUAUA